UCUGGAGCGAGGGGCGCAUUUUGUUUUUGCAACAAAAGAUAGGCGCUACCCGGACAAUGCCCCAGCCCGCAAUGCAUAAUUGAAAAACUGAAAUUACACCUUGUCUCGAGUCUCGACGGUGAUCAGCUAGCUUGAUGGCUUGGUUCCAAGUGUGCCGAGCCGAGUGUGCUAGUCUCGUAAUCUGUAGGUCGCCGGUCGCGUGUUCGCGGCAUCAUUUGGCCGGACGGCAACUAUGUGAGGGUUAUACGGCACAUUUAUGAGUGUUCGAUUAGGCUAGGUAUGGUUUGGUUUGAUUUGAUUUGAUUCGAUUUGGUUAGGCUAGAAAGGAGUUAGCUCCGGGAGCACAUUUUCUUGGUUGCUUAUACGAAACACGGCGCGUAAAACAUUCAUAGUCCUGAUGAAGGGAAGUUUGAAUAUGCCAGCAGUUUUAAAUGUCAGUUUCUGCGCUUUAGCGACGAUUGUGGCGCAGCCCACUUUUUCUCGCGCGUUUCAACAAUACUCCGCUUCUUUAUUAUUUUCUCCCGGUACCGUGUGCCCCGCCCCGGUCCGCCCCGACUGCAAACGGUCUGCCCCGGAAUCGCCGAACUGUGCCCCGACUUCUCAAAAGCUGCCCCGAUUUCUGCCCCUGCCCCACUGUGACUGCCCCGACGAGAUCUCGUCGAACCCUGCCACGUUUUGCAGACGGGGCUAUGACAAGUCAGGCUUGUCCAACCAGGGGUCUCCAGUUCAGGAAAUUUCAACAUAUUUUUAUAAGUGCCUACUUCAGUACUCUUAGUUUAAUCUGUGAGAAGUAUUGUGCUUUUAGAGUUAAAGUAAAGAUGCCAUUUAUUGUACUGCUUCAUGCUAUUGCCACAUGCCUCUAUCUCAAGUAAGUUGUCUGCCUAAUGCUGCAAUGUCCAUUUUUGACCUACUUAUUGCCAUUCUUACAGCUACCAGGAUGUAUAGGAUGGCUCAGGGCAUCAUAAGAAAGGCUGCCAGCAGCCUUCAUCCAGUGAAAGAGAAAUUGGUCAGACUGAACAAGGCAACAUUCGGGAAACACUUGCUGCUGACAAAUAUUUCAGUGUCUGUGUCGUUAUCAGCCUUAGGGGACUCUCUUCAACAAAGAUACCAGAUGUCGCGCGGCGGCCGGUGCAGCUACGACUGCCGCCGCGUGGCCUACAUGUCCGGCUGCGGCAUGGGCGCCGGCGUGCUCUGCCACUACUGGUACCUGGCGCUCGACCGCUGGUGGGUGGGACGGUCCAUCGGCGUCGUCGCCAAAAAGGUGCUGGUCGACCAGCUGGUCUUCUCCCCCGUGCUGAUCGCCACCUUCCUCGUCUCGCUGGAGGUGUUCCGAGGCCGCGGCGCCCGCGAGCUCGUCGACACGUUCCAGGCCAAGUUCAUGCGGCUGUACCUGGCCGAGUGGACCGUGUGGCCGCCGGCGCAGGCCUUCAGCUUCUACUGUCUGCCCACCAGAUACCGUGUGCUCUGGGACAACACGGUCUCACUGGGGUACGACUGCUACACAUCCUACGUCAUACACGACGACGAAGACGAUGACGACGACGACCUGCCGUUUGCUCCGGCGGGGCUGACGGGACGACUGCCUCAGUCGGCGGGAGACCGGAGAGGCGGGACGUGUGUGAAGGAAGCAUCGUGACCUUGGUCGCUUUAGGGACUCUUAGUGAACUGGACUGGUUGUUAGGUUCCGAGUACCGAGUGCCUUCGGAUGAUAGUUCGGUUGACGUGGCGCCGUGGAUGUCAUCAAAGUGGCUGCAGGAAUGACAGAUGUCGAAGCAGUCGAUUUGACCGCUUCGGUAGGGAUUUUCAUCAGUGCUGUGUGUUGCGGAUACUGCGAGUACCUGACAGGAUAACAGGGGGGUUUUGCUCCUCUCUCUACCGACCGAGUUUCGUCAUCGACAAUAUUUAACAGGUUGACCGAAGUGUGACGGAACAUGUUAGGUACAUCAGGCUAUAGUGGCUCUACAAUGUCGUGCAGUAGAGCCACGUGCCUUCCGCAGAUCCGUCCAACGUGGCAAGGAUGGUGUAAACUGGACAUUGUCACCGGCAAACCGUCUGCCCGAAUCGCACGGAUAGUAGUUAACGCCUUUUCGACCUUUCGUUUACGAUGGGCCAGUAUGUCGGCCCAGCACAGGAUUGUGAAUGCUUUUACACAUGGAGUGUUUCUAGUCUGUGUACUGCAUUAUGCGAUGGAGUCGGGCGGGCUUCGAAAAACUCCAGUGUCUGGAAACUGCGGCCACAGCGACUGUUCUUAUACAGUGUGUGAAUUUCAGUGGGAUGUCGCGCUGCAUGCUUUUCCCCCAUAUGUUGCCACCUUACCUCAGUGUCAGGGGCAGUCAACCAUUGUCAACUCAUUUGUUCGCGGCCGGUGGCUGUGUGUACGAGUAGUAAAGUAAUCUUGGUGUGUACCACAAGGGACAGGUCUUCAGUCUGUCCCGCGGCCCCUAUUGGAGACACCUAUACUGUCAUUGGUGGGUGACUGUAGACUCGCGUUACCUCGCGAAGUGCAGAUAAAUGCGGCAUUUGUGCCUGUAGGCUGUACAUUGUAAUGUGUGUGGCAAUGGAGUGUUCUAUGCUGAAAUGUGUACGGGGACGACACCGAUAGUGUUGUAAUUGCACUAAAGUGAAUGUUUGCAAUGGAUUGGUUUGUGAACUAAGCUGUGACGAUCGUAUGAUACAGUGCGCUGAUUAUGUGGGUUGAGAUGCGGCAUUCUGUGCAUUGAGCUGUGAGCGUGUGUGGUGAAAUCCUGCAGGCUUCCUGUGUACGCUGACGUGUGGUGUCCGUAUUGCCUGAUGGUGUCGGCAUAGUGUGGUAAUGCCUGGAUCGCCCAAUUCCUAACGCCUCCAUGGGGUAUCUCAGAGCGAGUGCAGAGCGUGCGCCACUGGAUAGCAAUAGAGAUGGACUGAACUGUGACUAGUAUUUAUCGUUUUAGAAUCUGAUGUUCGAAAAAAGUUGAAUUAGCUGACCCUCCAAGAAAACCCUCCCCCAUGUCUGACCCGACAAGGAUGUUCUCCGUACCAGAACACAUCUCGUGAGCGAUGACCUUAUAUUUGCACGUAUGCAUCAACAAUAAGCACACGAUAUACACAAUUACACAAUGCAUGAACGGCGA